AACGCGGGAGUGGUGGUACUUUUACUUAAAGGAGAGUCACUCGCUCGCUGGCUGGAAAUCCUUUUAGACACAGGGAAGAACACCACCUACAUUGGCGUGUGACUUCUUCCCACUUUGUUGGAGCGCCAGGAGCGAUCGCGAGCUUGAGUUGGGUUGAAUGGCACAGGCUGCUCUUCUCUCGCGCGUCACAACAGCCCUCAAUGGGAUCGCCCAGCAGAGGCUUUCAUCGACGAGAUCAAAUGCCAUUGGGGGAUCAUCGCAGCAGCUCCUAGGACAGAGGUUGGGUGUGGUUGUGGCACCGCAGCAUUUCAGCAGCGCUAGCAGGAUCGUUCGCACCUUUGCUCUCAAGAGCAAGGCUCCGGCAACGAGUAAAAAGUCGAAGAGCACUGUCGAGGAUGGCAUCUUCGGGACCUCUGGAGGGAUUGGAUUCACCAAGCAGAACGAAUUGUUCGUGGGAAGGGUCGCAAUGAUCGGCUUUGCAGCCUCGCUGCUUGGAGAGGCAAUCACAGGAAAGGGAGUCCUGGCACAGUUUGAUCUGGAGACUGGGAUUCCAUUGAACGAGACGGAGCCUUUGCUGCUCUUUUUCAUCCUCUUCACCCUGUUGGGAGCCAUUGGUGCUUUGGGUGACAGAGGCAAAUUCGUUGACGAAACACCAGGGCCUAUCAUCGAACCGGGCAAAGGGUUUAAAUCCGCCAUUGGGCUGAAAGAAAAAGGCCCAGUGUUUGGAUUCACCAAAUCGAACGAGCUCUUUGUUGGUCGGCUCGCACAGUUGGGAAUUGCGUUCUCUAUAAUUGGUGAGCUUAUAACUGGCAAGGGAGCGUUGGCGCAGCUCAACAUAGAGACUGGAGUGCCUAUCACUGAGAUUGAACCCCUCUUGUUGUUCAACAUAAUCUUCUUCUUCAUUGCAGCCAUCAAUCCUGGGACGGGUAGGUUCAUUGCUGAUAAUGAAGAAGAGUGAAUGUACGGACUGAUUUUGUCACAAACAACCUUAAUUAAAAGUCCUUAAGAUUAAUUAUAA